UGGAAGCGCGUGCGGCGGCUUCCAGUAGCUUCAUUGGAGUAAAGAUGGCGAGUUUGUGCGCGAGCGCGCUGAGGCAGGGCUGCUUCAGACUGCUGUCACCUUCAGCUGUACGAGCGACGCCCCGGCUCCUCUGCACGGCGGCCCAGCAGAAGAGUAAUGGAGCGGGAUCAGAGGAGGAGAAUGGAGCACAGAAACCAGAACCGUCUCCUGCAGAGAAAGCCUUAACCGAGGAGAAGAUCCAGCUGGAGGAACAGGUCAAAGAUCUGACGGAUAAAUACAAGCGGGCGCUGGCCGACACCGAGAACAUCCGGCAGAGGAGUCAGAAGAUGAUAGACGAGGCUAAGCUGUACGGAAUCCAGGGCUUCUGUAAAGACCUCCUGGAGGUGGCGGAUAUUCUGGAAAAGGCCACGGAGAGCGUUCCCAAAGAGGAAGUGACCUCAGCAAACCCUCACCUGAAGAACCUGUACGACGGGCUGGUGAUGACGGAGGUGCAGAUCCAGAAGGUGUUCAGUAAGCACGGUCUGGUGAAGCUGGACCCGGUGGGGCAGAAGUUCGACCCGUAUGAGCAUGAGGCUCUGUUCCACGCCCCCGUCGAGGGCAAGGAGCCCGGCACCGUCGCUCUGGUCACUAAAGUAGGCUACAAGAUCCACGGCCGCACCCUCCGGCCGGCCCUGGUGGGCGUGGUCAAGGCUCCCUAGGUGGAGUCCUCCUGACUGGUCUGUUCAUGAGCUGCCCACUGAUUGGUUCGGUUGUUUCAGAAGAACUGCUGUUGUGAGAUUGGACAAGAUUUACAUAAUCCUAAACUGUAGCUCCUUAGUGUAUAACAUCACAAUACUUACAUUUAGAGUUGUAAUAAUUUAUAUUAUUCACCCCAAUGAGAGACUGUAGCUCCGCCUCCUUCUCAGUGUAUAUAACAAUACCUACAUUUAGAGUGUUAUUAAUAUAUAUUCACUCUAAUAAUAAAUCUAUCUACAUGUAAAAUGAGAGAAAUUAUUUAACAUUAGGUUUAUAGUGAGGUAUAUACUAUAUAUUGUGGUAUAUACUGAGGUGGGCAGAGCUACCUACCAUCUCUCAUUAGGGUGAUUUAUAUAUACAUAUAUAUCUGGAAAAAAAUAGAGCAUUUAUUUACAGAAAAUGAGAAAUGACUGAAAUAACAAAAAAAGAUGCAGAGCUUUCAGACCUCAAAUAAUGCAAAUAAAACAAGUUCAUAUUCAUAAAGUUUUAAGAGUUCAGAAAUAAUCAAUAUUUGGUGGAAUAACCCUGAUUUGGCAUCAUGUUCUCCUCCACCAGUCUUACACACUGCUUUUGGAUAACUUUAUGCUGCUUUACUCCUGGUGUAAAAAUUCAAGCAGUUCAGUUUGGUGGUUUGAUGGUUUGUGAUCAUCCAUCUUCCUCUUGAUUAUAUUCCAGAGGUUUAAAAUUUGCAUUUUUAUAUGCUCCCUUUUUUUUUUUUUACAGAGAUGUAUAUUAAUAACACACUAAAUGUAGGAGGCGGGGCUACAGUUUUGGAUUUUGUAAAGCUUGUCCAAUCCCACAGCUGCAGUUAUGAUCAUACACAUUAGUGGGUGGAGCUUGGAGAGGUCAGCUGGGUCGGUUCUGAAGCCGUGAUUGGCUGGAGGUGCGUCCAGUCCUGGUGUUCCAUGAAGAGGCUGGGCUCUUGACUACACACUGACGACCAACAGUAUGGAUGAUAACGGACUUGUAUAACUUUGGAGUUCUCUCUGAGUAGUGAAGAACAUCAUCAGCUGGUUAACAAUACGUGGAUUUCUACUAUUGUUUAGCGUUCUGUUCUUUAGUCUUUGAGUUGUAUGUAUAUGAAUAUUGUAUUGUUUCCAUAUGUAUGUCUUUACACAGAGGCCUUUAGGAGAAGAAGGUAAUGUUACAUGUCCAAAAGUAUUUGGACACCUGUUCUUGUUCUGUUCUAAAAAAGAAGAAUAUCAAUUACUGCAGUAACAGCCAAUGCACUUCUUUUAAGGCUUUGCAUUAGAUGCUGGAACAUUGCUGUGAGGAGGAUUUGAUUGCAUUCAGCCCUGGAAAAAAAGCUUAUGAUUUAAAAUCUGCUCCAGAGCAUCCUAUUCUAUUGAUCAUAUUACAUAUAUAUGUUCAAAAAUAUUUGGACACCCUUUCAAAUUUCAAAAUUGCAUGCUAUAUACUGCUAAGUUCAACCCAUUGCUGACACAGAUGUGUAAGUGCACACACACAGCUUGUCUAGUCCCUUCUAAUAAUUCCUAUUAGAGAUUUUGCCAAUAGAUUAGGACUCUCUGUAGCAGAUAAACAUAUUAAUAAAUCUGUUAGCACCAUGGCUAAUUUCAGGUGUGGGCUAAAAAGGUGUAAACCCCCAGUAUUGAGCUGUGAAGAAGUGAAUGCAAUCAAAUUCUCACAGUAAUGUUCCAAUGUUCCAGUAGAAAGCCUUCUUUCCAGACCAGUAGAGACAGUUACUCCAACAAAAACAGGAACUCACUCAUUAGAAGUGUCUGGAUACUUUUGGACAUUUAAAGUAUUUUUAAAUUGUAGACACGUCUUAAUUAAAAUACCCCAAAUAUGUGCAUACAUGAAGUAAAAGGACCUCUAAUGUU